AUGCCUUUUCUCUUCAAAAAACCGGCAGAUAUGCCAGGGUCAGCCGUGCCUGCUGUCCUCAUCGGGUGCUUCGUUGCCUUCGGUGGCGUCCUAUUUGGCUACGAUACUGGCACUAUUGGAGGGAUUUUGGCAAUGAAAUUCUGGCGCCGGCUGUUUUCUACCGGGUACACCAACCCGAAAGAUCACUUGCCAGAUGUCACCGCCGCCCAGACCUCCGAGAUUGUCUCCAUCCUGUCCGCCGGAACAUUCUUUGGCGCUCUCCUCAGUGCUCCGCUGGCAGAUAUGCUCGGAAGGCGGCUGGCCAUGAUCUUCAACUCUGGGGUCUUUUGUUUUGGGGUUAUCCUCCAAACUGCCGCUACCGACAUCCCGACCUUUGUCGCCGGCCGUUUCUUUGCGGGUCUGGGUGUCGGUCUCCUGAGCGCCACGAUUCCGCUGUACCAGUCCGAGACGGCUCCGAAAUGGAUUCGAGGAGCCAUUGUUGGCUGCUAUCAAUGGGCGAUCACCUUGGGACUGUUUCUUGCCGCAAUAGUGCUCAAUUCCACCAAGAACCGGGACGAUACUGGAUCGUAUCGCAUUCCCAUAGCUGUCCAGUUUGCAUGGGCAAUCAUCCUGGUUGCUGGAAUGAUCAUUCUCCCUGAAACUCCCCGGUUCCUGAUCAAAAAAGGCAAAACCCAAGCGGCAGCCAAGUCACUCGCUCGCCUUCGUCGGCUGCCUGUCGACCACCCAGCCCUGGUGGAGGAGCUCGCGGAGAUCCAAGCCAACCAUGACUACGAGAUGGCCAUUGGCACCGCGUCUUACCUGGCCUGUUUCCAAGCCCCGAUCAGAAAAAGACUUUUCACCGGCAUGGCACUCCAAGCCCUUCAACAGUUGACCGGGGUCAACUUUAUCUUCUACUACGGCACCACCUACUUCACCAGCGCAGGCAUCAGCAAUCCUUUCAUCGUCUCGGUCGUCACCAGUGUGGUUAACAUCUGCAGCACCGUGCCAGGUUUGAUUCUGGUCGAACGCUGGGGAAGACGGCCACUGCUCAUGUUCGGCGCCGCCGGCAUGUCGGUUUGCCAACUCAUCGUGGGGAGCGUUGGGACUGCAAGGCCGAACGACAAGGCGUCGAACAAUGCUCUGAUCGCAUUUGUCUGCAUCUACAUUUUCUUCUUCGCUUGCAGCUGGGGUCCUUGUGCCUGGGUUGUGACUGGCGAGAUAUUUCCUCUCAAGGCUCGCGCGAGGGGGUUGUCGAUGACGACCGCUUCCAAUUGGCUUUUGAAUUGGGCUAUUGCCUACUCCACGCCAUAUCUGGUCAAUGCCGGCCCGGGCAAUGCUGAUCUCGGCUCCAAGGUUUUCUUUAUCUGGGGUGCUUUCUGUUGCAUCUGCCUACUUUUUGUCUACUUUUGCAUAUAUGAGACAAAAGGCUUGUCACUGGAACAGGUGGACGAACUGUAUGCCAAGGUGUCAUCGGCGAGUCAGUCUGCGGGCUUCGUACCGACGGUUCACUUCACCGAUGUCAAGGAGGUAGGGGCGACUGAAGCUCGACGAAGCACUCUGGCCGACCUCGAGCUGGCUGCUGUACGCCGCAAGAGCUCUGCCGCACACCAGGAGUACGCUAAAUACUAG